AUGCAACGCAAGCCAAUCACACCCACCACAAAGGGAUACUCAGUGCCUUGCUUUCUCCACAAUAUCAGUGUCGACGGCGAAUACCAGGAACCAGCCUGCAAUGCCCGAUACCGAAUGAAAUUCUACCACGUCCAUUUGUAUCCAAUGCUUUCCUCUUUAUUCCUGUACGAUCGGUCGUGUGCGCUGUUCGCUCCAGAUCCAUGGCCUGUUGAGCACUGCAAUCCCGACAUCACCCCUUUUAACGUGGGAUAUCAACCAAUAAGACCCAUGGCAAUGGCGUCCACUCCCUCAACAGCCUCCUCGGAUUCCUUUCAAAUCAUAUCUUCUCUACGUUAUGACCCUUCGAUUCCGCGUGCGAUCGGUGGAAGAACUGCAGAGCCCCGUCUUCUAGCAACCCCGUACUACCUUCUACCUUACCACCAGGAUCGGCUCUUGAACGCAGCGAUCUGCUUCAAUUGGACAAAAGCUAUUGAGUUUCUACGGCAAGAUUUGGGCCAGUUUACUCAAAUUCUAGACACGUUCAUACCGGACAAAUCGGAAUCAUGGCGCCUUCGUAUUGUUAUUGACAGCAGCGGAGCGUGCAAGGUCGAAGCCAAUCCGACAGCAUCAAUGAACCCCUUAAACCUUCUCUACCCUUCCCAAGAGAUGUCACAGCCAGACACGUGGCGUGUAUAUGUUGACUCGGAGCCUACGACCCCUUCGGACUUUACUAUGCAUAAGACUACUGCGCGUGGGGACUAUACAGCGGCGAGGCAUCGGUCCGGGAUCCUUUCACCCCAAGAGCAGGCAGAGGUGCUUGUAGUGAACCCAAAGGGCGAAGUCAUGGAAGGGAGUAUCACAACCCCGUACUUCAGGCGACGCAGACCUAGUUCUGAGAAGGAUGGCGCGAGCAAAGACGCCGGACCUGAAUGGGUCACACCACCGCUCUUAAGCGGUGGCAAUGCAGGCACAACUAGACGAUACGCCCUCACAGAAGGAUUUUGCACGGAGGAGGUGGUCACAGUGGCUGAUUUAGUAGACGGCGAAGAGUGUUGGCUUAGUAACGGUGUCAGAGGCUUUAUCCCCGGUAGGAUUGUAUUGAUGGACCCGAAAGGGCCCGGAAGGGUCCCACCUCCACGGUAA